GUACGUUAUGCACCGGGCACACAGCGAGCGCGAGGCAAUGAUGUGCACGAAGUAUUAUCCCUUAUUACGAGAUCUGCUUCCGCGCCGGCCGCACGUACACUAGUUGUCACCGGACCUCUUUUGUGGAGCGACGUGCGAAGUGAUAGUUUGUUUACAUGGACGUUGCAUAGUGCGGUUAGUUAGCGUUGUGUCAUCGACCGUUCAAAUUGCGAGUGAUUCGGACGAUGCUCGGGGAGUUUUGAAACUUUUGUGCGCCUGUGAUUUCGCUGACUCGGUGCCAUUUCCAGUGUCAAAGUGAACUUUCUACGAAAAACUUUUUGAAAUUUUUGAUACUACCGGACUCUACAUUUUUUGAAAGUUUGGAGAUUUUCGUGACCCGCUAAGAUAUGAAAAAGGAGAGAAACAAAACAUAGAAAAAGCUGAGAAAAAAAAUUUGCGAGUGGAUCUAGAGAUCGAGGGCGAAAUAAACCAAAGUCGCACUCAGCAUUUAUGCAUACAAAACAAACGAUCUAUCCACGCUUCUUCCGUAGAAAAAGGCGUUUUGAGAGACAGAGAUGGCUAUAGCAUUUAACCUGCCGAGCGAGAGAGAGGCGGCCGAGGAGAACUUUUCACGAUUGAACCGGCUCCUAGCCGAGCUGUACGAGGUCCUCUGCCACAUCUUGGUUUCACGACAACCUGGUCAAGAAGUCCAGGAGAAUCGGCGAGACCGUCCAUUCUCCGAGUCCGACCUCCCGCGCCCGCCGCCGCCGCCCCAACCGUGCCGACGCUCAGCCUCCUCACCACCUUUAACCCUCAACUUCGAUGGUGAGCUAGAAGACGAUGUAUUCGGACCCCGCGUGGACACCCUGGACAUAUACGCGAGGAACCGCUCGGGGGUGCUGCUCAGUCCAAGAAGGGAGAGGAGUUUCACGUUCUCAGUGACGAAUGAGAAGCAUUGGCGGGAUAAAGGCGGGACGGACGUGGCUGACGGAGUUGGGACUGAUGAGACAGACGCGGCACCUCCUGAGCGGUACGACGAGAAGACAGAAUCUUCUCUUCUCUCCUCCAUCAUUCCAGACAAGCUCUCCGGAUCCAUAUGCACAGCAGUCCUCUUCAUGGUGGGCUGGAAACUAUUUUGUAAUAAACGGUGAAUAAUAAUGUACAUAAAAUGCCAUAAUUCGCCUGAGCGUGCCAGAAUAAUAAAUAUUAUUCCCAAGUACGCCGCUGUAAAAUAAUUAUUAUAAGUGACAAUGUAAUCGUAUUUUAAUUUUUAAAUUCGUUAAACGAUUUAACGAAUUGUAAAAAGAAUUUUAUGUAUGCAAAGAUAUUUUAUUAUUUUUCAUACUGCUAUGUAAUUGGUAAAC